AUGAUAAGAAGAAAGUGGAGUAAAAUAAAAUUGGCAAUAUAUUUUAUUGCAUUUUAUUACUUAAUAAAAAUAGAUGAAAAAUGUUUUUUAAUAAAAGAGGGAGAAUUCGAUUUGUCUAUUACGAAUGUACAUGAGAAUAAUUAUAUGAUAUCGGAAAAAUAUAAUAAGUAUUAUAUAUUAUCCUUAUUAUAUAUAUUUGGAGGAAUAUUAAAAGAAAUAUAUGAUAAUAAAAUAUUUGUUAAAAAUAUGAGUUGUAAUAAUUUUAUGGUAUCUUCAAAAGUUAUAUAUGGUUUAUAUAAUGAUAUGAAUUAUAGCAAAUAUUCCAAUUUUUGUUUUUCCAAGAAUUCAAAUAAUGGUGUUGUUAUUUUAUCUAACUUGUAUGUCCCUAAUACAAAAUUUUUAAUAUUAGAUAAAAGUGAUGAGGAAAUAUAUAAUUAUGGAAAAAAGAAAAAUGGGAAAACAUGUGAAGAUUUAGAAAAAGUUGCAUUAUUUGUACACCCAUUAAAUGAUAUUCCUCCUGAGCUUAUGAACAAAACGUAUUUUGUAUACCAAAAAGAUAUCGAUAAAUCACUUACAGAUAAAAAAUUAAAUUUUAUUUUAUUAAAUUGUGGGAAUAAAAUUAAAAACGCUUUCAAAAUUGAAUUUAAAAAUAAUAUGAACUUUUUGAAAAAUCAUUUCUCAUGUGAAGAGCAAGGCCUUUUUGAAAUUCACAUGCUGCUGAUAGUACUACUAUUUGUCUUGUCCUUGGUAUAUUAUAGAAAAAGAAAAAACUUAAGUAACACAAAUAAUGUAUUGAAGGAAGCUAUACACUGUUCUUAUUUAUUCUUCCUGCUUUCUAAUAUAUUAUAUUUUAUACAUUUAAUAUCUUAUGCAUUCAAUGGAUCUGGCUUUAGUAUUCUCAAGGUACUAAGCCAAAUAUACGAAGCCAUUUUUGAUUGUUUCAUUCUUGUAAUCAUAUAUUAUAUAUUUAAUAAUGACAUGCAAAAGAAAAAAGAAGAAACAAUAAGGGUAGCUUUUACAUAUUCCAUAUUAAAAUUUAUUUACAUCUUAUUUGAGAUACAAAAUAAUCAGGAAUUGGAUUUAUAUUCAACUUUACACUCAAUUGUGGCUCUACCCUUUGUUGUUUAUCGUAUAAUAGUUGCAGUGUUAAAUUAUGAUAACAGCAAAAAAUUGCUCAAGGAAAAAACACAAGUGGAUGAAAAGUUCUAUGUCCUUUUUGACACAUUUUU